GCCAGAAGAAAUCUGCUCACAGAAAAAGCAUUUCUAAAGCCUGAAAAGGCUCCUAUUCGGCUUUUAAGCCCUCUUUCUGGCUACCUUAAAAAUGCUGCUUCGAAAAAAAAAUUAUGGAUAUAUGAGAAUGGUAAUGCUCUUACUUCUGAUGUCGAGCAAGCCAGAGCUGAGAAUCUGCUGCCUAAUGUAGUUCGAAAGCAUGAAGAGGCUGAAGUGCGUGAUGCAAAUACAGGCUAUCUCAUAUGUGCAGUUUAUCGUAAUCGCAUCGGCAAGGAGGCUCUGAACUUCAUGUUCGAGUCAGUUCUCUUAAUGUUCCAAGAACGCUUUAAAGUAAAAAGGGGAGAGGUUGAAAAGCUAAAACAAGGAAACAUGGUGGCUGCAGGGUAUCUGUGCACCUGGCAUUGUGGAGUUUUUACACAUGUUCGAAAUGUAGCAAAAACCUUGCUAAAUACCCAAGAAUUCGAAGAUAGAGAAGCCCAUAUAAUGGCUAGUGUAAGUUUGCUAUAUAAUUAUGUAAUGCAUUUAUUUCUCAAAGAGCUAGUAGAGGAUGUAGCUAAACUGCUCGAAGAACAUGACCUGCCCAGACUGGAUGGUGGCAAAUAUGAAGCAAAAGGAGCAGUUGGUUUCGAUAUGACUUAUAGAGGAACAGCAAUACAUUUGCUCUACCAACUGGAUUUGUGUGAAGCAUAUGCUGCUCUCAAUUAUUCGAAACAUGCUCACACAGACAAAAACUUUUUGAAAUAUGCCUGGUGCUUUUCUGAGCGAGAUAAACAUGGAACCACUGUUGUUCCUUCGACUGGCUACCAAGCUGUCUGGUCACAGAAUCUGGCAACAAAAACUAUGACAUUCAGAGAGCAACCCAAAGUGCUUGCAUCUUUUUUGAAAGCUGAAAAACAAAAAAAGAAGACUAUUAAUGAAGAGAAGGGUGAGACAGCAGAUAAGGAGAGUGGGGAAGCUAUUGGAAAGAAUGUAAUUGGUGGUGAGGAGGAUGAGGCAGCAGAAGUGGAGGGUGAGAUAACAGAAGUGGAGGGUGAGAUAGCAGAAGUGGAGGGUGAGAUAGCAGAAGUGGAGGAUGAGUUCGAUAAAGAGGAGAGUGUGGAUGAAAGUAAGGAGG